AUGCAUCGAGUCGAAAAUCCCUCUGAUUCCGAUGGAUUUCUUGGAAUGGGAGGAUUGAUGGAUCAAAUUGUCCAUGAUGGCCUUAUGGAUAGUGAUCAUCUUGAACAUAUAUUGUUCUCAAGCACAGGAGCCAGCGAAAAUUGGUCGGGUAGAAACGUUUCCGAUAUAGCAGCACCAAACACUACUAGAGCAAUGGCUCACGAUAAUCAGUGGAUUGAGGACGCACCAUUGCCACCGGACGACCCGCCAUACCAAGGGAACCAAAUGAAUUCGAAUUUCAUGACUGAACUCCCUUUCAAUACACAGUCUGUGUCAAAUACGUCCACUACUUGUCGAUACGGUGCCGGGCACCCCGGUCCAAAUUCCUUCCACCAGUAUCCUACUCAGCGCUUCCCUGGUCUUCCAACUCAUUGUGGUGCUUCGCCAUUUGGUGCUAAUGCAGGAUCUUCUAUGGGUCCACUCAGACCGCCUGUUCCAGCGCCGAUCACGUCACAGGGCCCAACAUAUAUAGAACUUCAGACCAGGCAGUCGACCUCAUCUUCAGCGUCAAGUCGAAGUGCGACCACAGCAGUCCCUGUAACGGCAGCUAGAACGUCCUUUCCGCAAUCGAUGAACGAAUUGAACUCAGAAAAUUCGCCGCAACUAAUACCUACAACUUUGCCAACUUUCACGAAAAGUGGUGAGACAAUGAGUGUAAGAGCCGGAUUACCUUCCACAUUAGUCACAUCGAUUGCUGAUGAGAGAUGCCGUACAAUGCAUGUUAUGCCGAUUUCGGACGAGGAAGUUGAGAGACCACCACGUCAUAAUGAACGUACGGUUGAGGACAACGUUGUAGUAAAUAUUCUACAUUAUGAAUUCAGAGAUAGAGUAGGACCUCCGUUCAAAUGUCACACGCUUAAUUUAUGGGUGGAUGGAUUUUGCGGUUCUGGUGAUCCGACUAGGUUCAGUCUUGGUUCACUUGGUAACAGUAGUCGACAACCCGGUGUCAUUCCUGUGCGAGGACAGAUCGGAAAAGGCAUGCAAAUGCAGCAUGACGCUGGUCGGACGACAAUCACAUGUCUUGGAGAGUCACCAAUUUUUGUACAAGCGCCACUACAUGCCAAACGAUUGAACGAUGAUACAGCGACUGUAUAUCGACUUUCUGGAGUUAUUGAAGGAGAUGAUGUUGAGAGUCGAACAAUAGAAAUUUUCGACGAAACCACUUUUGAAAAAUUGUUGGAAGAGGCAAGAAUGCAAGGAUAUCGUCACGUUUAUGCUCUUCAGAAUUUAUGCUUAUGUCGUGUAUCGUUUGUGAAAGGCUUUGGAAAGAGCUAUCGUCGAACAACAAUACUUGAUACACCGUGUUGGAUUGAGAUUCAUUUUAUGAACUACCUCCAAAGACUAGAUGAGGUUCUCUCAACGCUGCACACUCCAGCUCAUGAUGUUCACAGCUUUUCCUGA